AUGAAGUUCGCUGCCGCCGCCUCGCUGGCCGCCCUCUUUGGCGCCGCCUCGGCUGGCUCCAAGUCCGACGAUAGAACCUUCGCAGUCCUCCGCUUCAACAACAAGCAGCUCGUCAAGACCCGCCUUGACCCCAUCAUCGACCCCGGGAAGAUCUCCUCCCACGUCCACGGCGUCAUGGGAGGCAGCAACUUCGGCAUGUCGGCCACCGGCGAGACCCUUGCCCAGUCCAAGUGCAGCAAUGCCAUGAUCAGCGGCGACAACAGUGCCUACUGGUUCCCUUCCCUGUACUUCCGCGACCCCAAGACCCAAGCUUUCGAGUCGGUCGAUGUCUUCUAUGUGAACGUCUACUACUUCUUCGACGGCACCGACGACGAGAUCAAGGCCUUCCCCCGCGGCCUCCAGAUCUUCAGCGGCAAUGCCUCCGCUCGUGCCCCGCCCUCUACCGGCGCAAAGCAGAACCUCGAGCCUGAGGACGGCCCUAUUCAGCCCGUCCAGUGGACUUGCCCGAGGUCGAGCUACGACCCGCCCUCGUACCCCGCCAACUCUGACGGCUCCACCGCCGGCAUCGUCGACCCCAACAACAAGGGCUCCGGCGUCGGUUUCCCCGACCAGAACUGUGACGGCUUCGGCUCCCCCCUGCGUGCCGAUAUCCACAUGCCCUCAUGCUACAACCCCAAGGCCGCGCUGAGUGACUACGAGAGUAUGGCCUGGCCCUCCCGCAAGGGCGCGUCGAACGGUCGCCGCGCGAACUGCCCCGAGGGAUGGAUCCACGUCCCCCACAUGUUCUUCGAGGUCUACUGGGACACGCCCAAGUUCGCCAGCCGCUGGACUCCCGGCCAGGGCGCCCAACCCUUCGUCCUUUCCAACGGCGACGCCUCCGGCUACAGUCUCCACGCAGAUUUCAUCGCCGCUUGGGACGAGGACGUCCUCCAGCAGAUCAUCGACAACUGUAACGCCGGCUCCUCCGGCAUGGACAAGUGCCCCGGUCUGCUGAAGGGCCUCAACACCGACAAGGACUGCACGAUCUCCUCGCCUCUUGACGAGGUCACUGAUGGCGUUCUCCAGAGUCUUCCCGGAGACAACCUCCUCAGCGGCUUCUCCUUCGGCCCCCUCGUUGGCGGAAGCGGAAGCGGCAGCGGCGCAGCGGUCAAGCCUGCCAGUAGCGCCCCUCCCGUCGCGCCCGCCCAGCCCUCCGCCAGCAAGGCUGCGUCCGGUGCCGUCAGCCAGGGGGGGGCACCCAAGACUUCCGCCGCCGCUGCUUCCUCUCAACUGCCCAUCCAGGUUGCUCCGGUGCAGGCGAGCACCAAGCCUGCCGAGCCCACCGAGGCCGCUCCCACCGCACCCGCCGUCAGCCUGGGCGGCUCCGAGCCCUCCAAGAAGACAUCUUGCACCCGCAGGACCAGGACAAUGUGGAAGACCGUCACCGUCACUACUCCCUCCGAGGAGUCCGGUGCCGCCGCCGCCACCCCGGAGGCCGACGACUACAGCAAAGCUCGCCGCCACGUCCACGAGCACAUGCACCGUCACCGCAGCCAUCACGACUAA